CUUUCCGGUAUUGCAGGACAAACGGGCAUGAUCUUGUGAAAGAGUCAAACAUUUGUUAUAAGACAUGUCACCAGAAAGGAGUGCAUUUAGACAUAAGAACAAAACAAAGUUAGAAUUUGACUUAGUGUUCUUCAAAAGAUUUUUGAAAUUAGCAACAGUUGUGUUUCCCAAAUGGAACAGUGGAAAUGUUUUACUUUGUAUUUUACUACUUUGUCUUGGGCUCUUAGAACAAGUUGUGGUAUUCAAUAUAGGAUAUAUUCCAUCCAAGUAUUACAAAGUAUUUGGAACCAAAGAUAGUAAUGGUUUUAAAGAAGUAACAAUUUUGGCAGCAAUACUCAUUUUAUCUAUAUCAUUUAUAAAAAGUACUGUAUCAUAUAUCACAUCAUUAUUAGAAAUUAUAUGGAGAGCCAAUAUAACAUAUUCUCUGCAUAGGUUGUAUUUUAAAGAUGCAGUAUAUUACAACAUCAACUGUUUUGGGAAAGUAGACAAUCCAGAUCAACGAAUCACACAAGAUGUGGAGAGAUUUUGUUAUUACUUAAGUACCAUAUUUGCUCCAUUGAUCAUAGCACCAUUUACUAUAGGAUACUAUCUAUAUAAAAGUGUUCAAAGUACAACUUAUUUAGGACCAGUAGGAGUAAUUUCUUUUUUCAUCGUAGCCACUAUAAUUAAUAAAAUACUCAUGUCUCCAGUUGUUAACCUUGUCUUCAAGAAGAAAGAAAGGGAAGGAAAUUUCAGGUUUAAACAUAUGCAAAUCAGGAUGUAUUCAGAAUCGGCAGCAUUUUAUAAAUCAGGACAUAUAGAAAAGAAUAAAACUAAUAAUCAACUACUCAGUUUACUCAAGAUUUCACAGAAACUUGUCCUCAGGGAAUAUCCACUUGAUUUCUUUAUCAACUUGUCUAAUUACUUUGGAAGUAUACUGAGUUACCUCCUCUUGGCCAUUCCAAUAUUUGGUGGAUUAUAUGAUAACAUGUCAUCAGUUGAUUUGUCAGCUAAGAUCAGUAGUACAUCAUUUGUGAUAAUGUACUUAAUCAACAAUUUUACCAAACUGAUAGAUUUAGCUGCAAAUGUAGCAAGAAUGGCUGGAAAUGCACACAGAAUAGGUGAAAUUAUGGAAGAGCUAGGGAAAAUCAAAGCAGAAAAAGAAACAACUUAUCAUUUCAUAGAGAAUGAAUCUAUAACAAGAGAGGACAAUACAUUUCAUCUGAACACACUUCUUGUUAAUAGCGGGGACAAUGACCCUGAUUGUCAGAUUGCUAUCAAUGAGACAAGAAGACAGAAAGCAGUUACCGUAGAUAACCUUACUUAUGGACCGCCACAGUGUAGAGAUAUUCUCUGUAGGAAUUUGAAGUUUAAUGUAGAACUAAAUACCAAUAUACUCAUAACUGGAGACAGUGGUUGUGGUAAAAGUUCUCUUUUAAGAGUUUUAGCUAAUUUAUGGCCACCAGUUACAGGUAAAGUGCAGUACCAUAUACCAGAGAGACCACAUCAUAUGUUAUUCUUGCCUCAAAAACCUUAUUUUACUGAUGGAUCACUUAGACAACAGAUAAUAUUUCCAGUAGAAGAUGUAGAACCUCCCAUUGUUUCGAUAGAUGAAGAUAGGAUUCACCAAUAUCUUGAGUUUGUAGGACUAACUAACAUUUUGGAUAGGGUUGGCAUGGAUACAGAAACAGACUGGAAUUGGUAUGAUGAAUUGUCACCAGGAGAAAUGCAGAGGUUAUCUUUUGUUAGAUUGUUCUAUCACCAACCAAAAGUAGCAGCUUUAGAUGAAGCCACUAGUCAAAUAGGUCUAGAAGCGGAACAGAAGAUGUAUCUAAAAUGUAAAGAAUUAGGGAUAACUCUUGUUAGUGUGGGCCACAGAGAAAGUCUAAGACAAUUCCAUCAUAUAGAAUUACACUUAGAUGGCAAGGGUGGUUGGACAUUACAACCCAUCACAGAUAAUAUAUUUACUCAAAGUGAUGUGUAAAAUUAUGAUAUUUAGUGAUUAUUGUAUGCUAUUUUAUGAUAGGCCAAAAAAAAAUAUAUGUCUGUUUAAGGUUACAUACUUUAAAAAAAAUAGGGAAGGUAGGUGGGUAUUUCCAUUUUAUUUUAUUUUUUGUGACAUGAUUUUGAGUCAUGCCGUUUCGUCUUGUCGUGGUCAGAGUUGAUCAUGGACCGAGUUUACCCGUAUUUUUAAUGAUUGGAUUAUUUCCCUUGGUAAUUGGUUGUAAAAAAAUGGCGGCAAAGUGUUUAUUUCAUCACACCAGUUGCGAAUUUCCUAAAAACAGCUGUCAUAUUCAUGAUUGUGAACAUUGGGAUGUAUCAGGCAAUUGAUUUAUAUUAUUUGCAACACUAACUUCGCUUUUGACAUGAGUUCAGUUUAUUUUUCACUUUAAGAUGGAAAUAAAAUGACUUAUGGUCGGCACUCAAAAGUAGGGUCGGUCUGGUAAUGGUAAACAGACAUAUAUUUUAUUUUGACCUUAUAGAUAAGUUUAUUGCAGAUAUUCUUUGUUUGUUUUUGUUUGCUAUGACAAUCUUUUUAGCCAACUAUUUUUUUUUUUAGUUUUCUGUGUCUUUUAUCUCUCAAUUACUUUUUGUAGAUUUAGGAAAGUCAGUCACUGAAGCAAUCCAUGAUCAUAUAAAACUGUCACUAGAUGUGUCAUCUCACUUUAAGUUUUUUUUUUUAAAGUUUCUAUUUCUUUAUACUCUGCAUAUACUGAUUUUUUUUAUAAUGAAAAUUACAUCUUUGUAAGAGAAACAUGAAGCAAUAUGAUUGGAUAGUCUACAGAUUAUGGUUUCCUGCUGGAGGAAAUGGGAGAGCAUGACACCCUGUCCUAUUUUUAUUACUUCCUGCCCUUUUUUGUAGACAUUUUGGCGCCCUACCAUCUUCUUUGGUAUUUUAUAACCACCUGUCAUAGUUGAUGAUCAGUGCUGUGUUUCAUCUUCUAGUAAGACCAUUUCCCUUUGAACACAAAAUUUUAAUGACCGCCUUUUUAUCGAAUUUAAUAAUUGAAUUGUCACAAUUUUUGAAGCAGCAGAUUACAAAUACUGUUAAUUAUUGAAUGAAAUUAAGACAACAGUGCCUUUGUACCUUCCUGAAUUUUAAAAUGUAUACAAUUUAAAGAGGAACCUGGAGAUCGUGCCAUAUAUUAUUUUACAAUGAAUGGGAUGUUUGGUAAUCACUCAGCUGAUUGCUCAUAUUUUCAUUUAGUAAAUCGAGUAGUCCACCAUGCUAAAGUUGCCUUAAAAGUGUCGUCAUUUGAGAUGAGUCCCCUCUGAGUAAAAAUUUAUCUUCCCUUUAUGAAAGCUGCAGGAAACACUAAGAGUUGUGGAUGUUAUUUUUUUCACUAUAUGGCAUGAGAACACAGUCAUUUCCUUGUGCAUUUCUAUAAGACAAUAAAUUUGAAUUAAAAAAAAUUGCACCUGCUCUAUGUUAAAAAGAUUUUUACAGUGUAGUGUACUACUUUUGGGACAUAUAAUAUCAAAUCAUAGAAAAGUCUACCAGCUGUAACUCAAAAUAUGGACGAUUCUAUGUUAAGGGGUCUUUAAUUCAGUUUGACUGCUUCAGACAUACUAAUUUUUGACCCUUUUUUUAUCUGGACCAAAUCACUACUUAGCAUAAAAAAAAUUCAUCACCCAAAUUUUUUUAACAUGUAAUUUCAUCCCCCUACUAACAUUUUAUGCAUAAAAUAUAAAGAAAUAAAAUUGGAAAGUGUAUGACAAAAAUUUGCUUGUUAGACCAUGUCGACAACAAGGACUAUAUUUGUAGACAACGAAAAUCAAAAUAAGACAACUGUGUCCUCGGACCAUACUAUGAAAAUUCAUUUAUUCUUGUGUUGCCAUUUUCAUGGAUUUACAAGUGUUUAAGAAAAUGGAAUUCCACUCAAGUUAUGAUAAAAGUUAUAUUACUUUAGUGUUAUAUACAUGUAAGAUACUAAUUUUAAUGAGUUUAUGAGCUUACAAUAUGAACAAGUGGUUGUAUGACAUUAUGAGCAUUCCUCAGGUUUCUAUACCCUUGUAUUGUAUGUUAUUAUUGUAAAUGUGCCCAGUAUUAUUAUGCUUUGUGAUAUACAGGUACCAAAAGAGAUUUCAUUUUUGCCUGGGUCCUUGCAAAAAGUAUGUAGAUACAACUUUUUUUUAUGCCCCCGCCGUAGCGGAGGGGGCAUUAAGUUUUACCCUUGUACGUACAUAUGUACGUCCCAAAAUUGGUUUCCGUUCUCUAACUUUAGUUUGCCUUAACCAAAUGUAAUGAAACUUAUACACAAUGCUUAUUACCAAAAAAACACAGAUCAAGUUUGAAUUUUGGUGGCGUCACUUUUACCGUUCUAGAGUUAUGCCCCUUUACAAAUGGAAAAAUUGCUAAAUUGUUUGUUUCCCUUCUUUAACUUUAGUUUGCCUCAACCAAAUGUUAUGAAACUUAUACACAAUGCUUAUUACCACAAAACUCAGAUCAAAUAUAAAUUUUGGUGGUGUCACUUUUACCGUUCUAGAGUUAUGCCCCUUUACUAAAGGAAAAAUUGCUAAAUUAUUUGUUUCCGUUCUCUAACUUAAGUUUGCCUCAACCAAAUGUUAUGAAUCUUAUACACAAUGCUUAUUACCACAAAACUCAAAUCAAGUUUGAAUUUUUUAAAUAUUAUUUUUUUUUCAAUUUUCUAAAAAGCACUGUACUGUCAAUGAUUGCCUAUAAAAAAAAAUUUGCAUUGUACUGACAUUCCAUUUAAAGACAAACAGACUGUGAAGGUAAACAAUGUAUUGAAAAUAUACACAAUAUGGCAGUUUGUUAAAUAACGAUGCAAUUGUUGAUAACAAUUAUAGUUGUACUCUAAAUUAUGAAAGUCCAUAGUAUUAAAUACUCUUAAUGGGCAUUUUGAUAUUGAUUUUUAUAGGGUAAUUAAACACAUAUUUAUUUUUUGGUUUGUAUUUGAUUGACCUCAACAAAGUUGAGGAAAAACUAGUGAAGAACAAUUGCGUCUAUGUGUGCUUGCGUGUGUGUGUGCGUGCGUGCGUGUGUGUGUGUGCACUUCUGAGUCUGUCUCUGUGUCAACAACCUGGCCUAAGUAAGUAGUAGGCUAAUAAUCCUAUGACUUUCUUUGUAGGUAUAUCUGAUGCUCCUUUAUGUUGCAAGAAUAAGGUCAUGUAACUAAUGUUUCUUGGUACAAUAACUGUGGUCUCAAUUUCAUGCUUCAUUGACCUUUGUUAAGUCAUACUUUAGUACCUUUAAGUAAGAUAAUCAUCUAAACUGAUGAAGAGUUGUAUCUUGUGGAAAAUCUCAGCAUUUAGGUAACUAUGACCUAUAUUCCAUCCUUUCUGACAUAAUAUCAUUCAAAUGUAUUGUGCAGAAUGAAGCAAUUUUUGAAAUCAAAAAUGACAUGCUUAAUGAUUGUUUACAAGUUGAGAUUUUAACCAACAAAUUUUACUAAAAGUAGGGAUGAAUAUGUAAACCUUCUUGCUUUAAAUUUUAUAAGCCUCGCUUAUUUUUUAAGAUAUCCAUUUUAACAAGUUCUGGAAAUUCUCAAAUAGAUUGGGAUAUAUUAUUUUAGUAUUUGAACGAACAGGUAAAUAAGCAUAUUUUUUGAAAAAGCAUAGUUUUUCUUUAUUUAUAAAUACUUACAUCCAUGUUUUUUUUAUUGUUUAAUUAAUAAAAAUAUUCAUGUUGUGAUGUCAGGUUUUGUUUGACCAAGAUGUCUAGUCUGUAUACAAUAAAUGCUGAAAUAGAUUAACUGUAUUAAUUGUUCUGGAUUAUAGUGUGAAUUGGUUAAUUAUAAUAAAAUUUAAAAAAU